GGUGGGCUGGAAUAAAUUGCAUAGACAAAUCAUUAAUGGCUAGAAAUUAAAAAAGACAAAAAUAACUACUCAGCAUAUCUAAUUUAUUAACUAUACAUGAAAUCCCAAUUAUUCAUUUUUAGCACUUUGAAUCAGAUAGAAGCAAAUGAAGGAACACCUAGAUAAAAAAGAAGAAGAAGAAAUGGCAUGAAAUUUAAAGCUGAAUCACAAAAGGUUUAAUAUUUAGAACCCGAAACAACAAAAUUCCUUACAAAGCUUAGCCUAAAACACCCAUUUGGCACCAAUUAAAGGUAAAAGACUCAAAAUUUGAAAGUCAUAGGAUCCUCACUUAAGAGGACAAAGAGAAGGAAACCUACAGAUGAGAUAAAUCAUAAAUAUAACAAAUGGAAUUUUCGUAAGAUAAACAUUCUUGUAAUACGACUAAAUAUUAUAAAUUUUUUGGCAGUGAGGCCAAAGCCCACCUCAGAUAAUAAAAUCAACUCUGUCCCUUUGUCAGGACAGGGAAACUAGCUUGUUUUGAAACGGGUCAAAAGAAAAAAGAAUGAAUCAUGAGCUAAAAGAAGCUUUGGACCAAAAUCAGAGAGUAUUUUUGUGAAAUCUAAUAAUAAAGUCAGGCUAUGAAGCCCUUCCUUCAGCUGGUUUUGGCUUGCCCCCUAGUAAGCAAGUUCUUGGUUCACUCAGUAUUUAAGCACAAAGGCUUCAGCGUUUUCUAUUGAGGAAGACAAAGAAGACCGACACUAGUUUGAUGAUGAACAUGCUUUCAUUGCUUAUGGCGAUAGAGGUUCCAAUGCUCUGCAAAUUUGGUGAUUUGAUGUGUAAUGAGGGGCUAGUUCUAGGUUGGGGAGGAGAAUGCGUCUCAUGCAUUGGAUAUAUGCAUCCUUUCUUUCACAAUGUGUGGGUCACACACAACUGUAGGGGUCCAAACACUAUGAGAAAGAGGAUUCAUAUAUCAGAUCUAUGAGAUCAUUUUUGAUUGGGGAGGUGGAAAAACUAAAAAAUAUAUUUCUAUAUAGGUUUGAAUGUGUCCUGGGAUCAUUUCUAAGGUUUUGUGGUGGGAGUAGUUUUACUUGACAACACUGGAUCUUGUGUAGCAACAGGCAACAUCCUUUCCUUAGGACUUUAACACUAAGUGCUAAGUAAUCGUUUGGGAGAGUAUUCAUUGGUUUAUUGGAUUAAAAAAAAGAGGUGGGAACAAGUUCAUAUAUAGCUAAACAAAAUAAGUAUGGCUGCAGCUAAUAAAACAUAAGGCUCUAACAAAUUGUACAUAAGCCAGAAAAAGCUAAAAAUAAACCCUGGUCAGACCCUGAGAUAAUUUAUUUAUAUGCCCUCAAAAUAUAUUUUUUUUCUUAAAUAAUCUGAUGCUUGAAAUGUUAGAAUUUUAGAGAGUAAAAGAAAUUAACAUGUUUAUCUAAUUAUAUAUAGAAGAUAUUUAGAUAAAGAAGGAGAAAAUUUUAAAGUUUAAACCCAAAAAAUAAAAAUUGUUUAUGAAGAAAUUGUAUGGGCUUUGUGUAGUGAUGUAAGGUUUGGUAUAUAUACAAGAAGAAAACAUAACAAAAAUCGUGUUCAGAUUAUAUAAAAGAAGAAAAAAUACCAACUAAACAACGACGACAGUGAUCAGUUUCACAUGAUACCAGCUGCAACAAUCAUGUUUAUAUACAGAUGGAUACAAGAGCAAGUGAGGUUUGGUGUAUCGCAUAAAAAAAAAUAAAAAAAUAAAAAAUAAAAACAGCAUUAGCCCAAAUUGGGUUGCAUAUAUUCUGUGAGGGAUUAUGUUUUGAAUGAUUUGUGGUGGGACAAGGUUGCAUAUAUUCUGAGAUUCACAGGACCUAUUUAUAAGAUGCUUCGAGUGGCUAACACGGAUGCGCCUAUUCUCCAUAAUGUGUAUGAAAUGUGGGAUUCCAUGAUAGAAAAUGUGAAGAAAGAAAUAUACUGGCAUGAAGGCAAUGAAGACUAUGAGGAGUCUCCAUUCUAUGAGGUGGUACACAGUAUACUCAUUGAAUGUUGGACUAAAAAUUGCACACCACUUCAUUGCCUAGCCCACUCCUUGAAUCCAAAGUAUUAUACUAAUCAAUGGAUUGAGGAAGUUAGAGGCCGUGUUGCGCCACAUAAGGAUGCUGAAAUUUCUAGGGAGAGAAACAAGUGCCUCAAAAGAUUCUUUCCUGAUCUUGAUGAUAGGAAGAAUGUUGCUGUGGAGUUUGGUUUGUUUUCAGGAAUUAUGGCUUAUGAUGAUGAUAACAUGGAUGAUAGGUGGACCUUCGAUCCAAUGCUUUGGUGGUCAAAUUAUGGGUCCAAGUUACCAAUGCUUCAAACUUUAGCUCUAAAGCUUCUUGGACAGCCUUGCUCAUCAUCAUGCGCCGAGAGAAAUUGGAGUACAUAUGGCUUCAUCCAUUGUAUGAGGAGGAAUAGAAUUACUCCUAAACGUGCUGAAGAUUUAGUGUUUGUUCAUUCUAAUCUUCAACUUCUUUCAAGGAUGAGGGAAGAGUACACUAAAGGAAACUCUAAGAAGUGGGACAUUGGUGGAGAUACUUGGGAUGAACCAUUUGGAGGACCUGGGUUGCUUGAGAUUGCUCAUCUCACACUAGAUGAGCCAGAGAUGGAGAUAAGUCUUGUAGAAUGAUGACUAUGUUGAUGAAGAUGAUGUUGUUGUUCUGUGAUAAUCUUGAAAGUUUAAAACUUGUUUUUCUUUUAUGUUUUUAGUUUGAUGUUGAACUUGUUGUUCUAUGGUAA